CGGUAGGCACCUAAAGUGCAUUAGUGCAGAUUGUGUACAGUACUGUAGCUUAUGAGCGACGAGGAGGACGCUAGAGAGGACGACCGGAUCUUGCGAUCGGCAAGGCGCCCAGUAGCCCAUUUGGCAUUACGUCCAAAGGGUGACAGAUAUCUGUUCCGCCAGCGUAGAGAGAGGUUGCAGCAGCGAAGGAGGGCUAGAGCAGCAGAGGCUAGCAGGGCACUUGUGAGUGAAGCCGCAGCUUUAGAAGCCAUGGCCACCUCAACACAGCAGUCUACUCAGGCCGGUAGUUCAGGGUCUGUUGGGUCAACGGUUGCACAGACCCAGAGUCAGUCCGCUGGCGUAAUGGCGAGCCAGCCUAUAGUGUUGACCUCCGACGAGAUAGCCAUACAACAAGCAGCUUUGCAGGAGGCACAGCUACAGAAGGCAUUAGGAGAUAUAAAAGCGGAGAAAGAAAGAAUGAUUAGAAGAAGAGUCAGGAUGCAACGGAGACAAGCGGACAUUAGUGAGUUAGAGGAGAUGGACCUGACGCAAGUGACUGAUGAUGUGAGGCUCAUACGAUCUGUCCUGCUGAAUGUAGUUGAGAUGCAGGACCAUCAGACAACCAUCCUUCAGGACAUCCAGCAAAGUCUGGCCCUGUUGGUUGGGCGAGCGCAGACAACGUCGCCAAUGUCCGGGCCUGGUGCCUGGCCCGUUGUACAGCCUCCUCCUUUUGUCCCACCGGUGACUGGGGUAUCGCCAUAUGUAGCCCCAUCAUCGGUCGCGAUCGUUUCCCUAGGCAUGCCGCUGUCAGGAGGGGUAUCAGCAGGAACUAGUUUGCAAGUUCCUGUACAGACAGUGUUCACCCAAUCUCCGUUGCAGGUUGUGGUCACCACGCAGCCUGCUGUCUUGCAGACUGUACAGCCGCAGGGCACACAACCCCAACAGCUAGUACAGCAACCCGUGUCACAGGGUCCACAACCCGGAGUGAUGCAGGGACCGGGACAAACACAGUGGGUUCCAAAGACGACCAUCGCCGCUCCAAAACCCUUCACAAGGGAUAAGAGAGGUGAAGACCUCGACACGUGGUUGAGGGCAGUGCCAGUCUAUGUUAGGUGUAAACUUACCUUGCCGCACGAGGAAGUGCUUGUGGCUGCCUCCUACCUAGAGGAUAGUGCAGCAAGAUGGUUGAGUGGUUUAGUACAGCUCCAGGGGUAUGGUCAUGACUUCCGCGCUUGGGCACUCACCCAGAAAUUGGAUGACUUCCUUAAGCUGGUGGAGGAAAGGUGGCAUGAUCCUCAGGAGACCCAAAGGGCCAUUGACGCGAUCCUGGCACUGCACACGCGGCAGUUCAAGUCAGUAAGGGAAGCCACCGACGAUGUUGAGCGUCUGAUCUGUGUCCCAGGGGUGCGCUAUGACCCCCAGGUUCUACUCACCUCCUACCUGAGAUGCUUCUCCUUGCCUCUCAGGAAUCAGUUGGCAGGUCAGGCCAACAUCAAUAUGCACAACUUUCCUUCGUUUAGCAAGAAGGCCCUAGACCUUGAGGCGAAGAUAGGGCAUGGACAGGCACCCACUACGGAUGGUAGGAAGAAAACGCUGCCUCCCAACUGGAAGGCAAAGGGACGCAUUAUGUUUGUCGAUAACGAUGGUUCAACCAUCGAAUUAAACGACAACUUCCAGGAGGCAGUAGGUGCAGAGGCGGGCAGCGUUGAAGCUUCAGGGGGUGGAGUUGUCGCUACCGUAGCUCAAAAAGGCGAGCCGGUGAAAAUACCGUCGGAGAUAGAGGGAGUAGUUGCCAAGUACCCUGAUCUAUUUGAAGAGCCGACAGGGGUUGUAGAGAGGGAGGUCGUCCACGCGAUAGAGAUUAUCCCAGGGUCUAGCAUUCUGAAGGGUAGGAUCUAUCGGAUGUCUCCAGGCGAGCUCGAUGAGCUUCGCCGACAGCUCAAGGAACUCGUAGAGAAGGGUUGGAUCCGGCCGAGUGUCUCUCCUUAUGGAUCUCCGGUACUAUUUCACGUUGCGCACUUGGACAAAGUCCUCAGUCUCCUGCGACAGCACAAGUUCAAGAUCAACGGUGAGAAGUGCGAGUUUGGCCGCACCCGUGUCUUGUACUUGGGUAAUGAGAUCUUCGCGGAAGGGUUGAAGCCCGAUGACGCAAAGGUGGCCAGCAUUCGUGAUUGGCCACGUCCUCAGUCUGUGACUGAGAUGAGAUCUUUCUUAGGAAUGACAGGCUACUAUAGGCCUUUCGUUAAGAACUAUAGCAUAGUGGCCACUCCUUUGACUGAUCUGACCCACCUUGACACCCCAUGGGAGUGGACAGAUGAGUGCGAGGCUGCUUUCAGACAUCUAAAGCAUGCGUUGACGCACUACGAGGUCUUGAAACUUCCUGAUCCUGAUAAGCCGUUUAUAGUCACCACGGAUGCCAGCCAAUAUGGCAUUGGCGCCGUGCUCGCGCAGCAGGAGGGGCUAAAGUUGAGGCCUGUGGAGUACAUGUCCAAGAAAAUGCCGUCUCAGAAGUUGGCCAAGUCCACCUAUGAGAAAGAACUCUAUGCAGUUUACAAGGCUCUGACCCAUUGGAGACACUAUCUCGUUGGGAGGUUCUUCAUCCUCAGGACUGAUCAUCAGACCCUGAGAUGGAUGAGAACUCAGCCGGAGCUCUCUGACGCUCUGAAGCGUUGGAUUGAAGUCAUUGAGCAGUAUGACUUUGACCCUCAGUAUCUAAAAGGGGAGUACAACAAGGUUGUUGAUGCCUUGUCUCGUAGACCUGACUUCUCAGGUGCGCUGAUUACUGAGUUCGAUCUGACGGACAGUGUUACUCAGUCUUUGGUGGAAGCCUAUCGCGAGGACCAGUUCAUGUCUGAGAUCAUACGCAGACUUGAGGCGAAGGACAAGAAGACUUCUGCCGAGUUUGUGUUGGUCAAUGGCUUGCUGUUCCUUGAGAAGGAAGGGAAUAAACGAUUGUGUGUCCCGAAUAGCGAGUCUUUGCGUAGUUUGUUUUUAGAGGCCAACGGCCAGGCAGAACAAAUGAACCGCGCUGUACAACACCUGUUGAGGCAUUAUAUCAAGCCCAACCAGGUGGACUGGGACGAGAAGCUUGCUCUCAUCGCCAGUCUAUACAAUAAUGCUAUACACAGCGCUACCGGGGUGAGCCCAAACAGUUUGCUGUUGACUUUCAAGCCUAGACCACCCUUAGAUUUUCUCCUUCCUGAGAAUCAGUCAACUGCUGCACCAGGCACCUUAGAAUUUGCCUAUCGGUAUGAACAGAAGAUGCAGCAGGCGGUAAAACAGAUGCAGAAGGCACAAGCGGCAAUGAUAGAGUCUGAGAAUAGACACUGCCGCCCUUCUACGUUUCAGGUUGGGGAUAGAGUCUGGGUUAAAUCUUCACAACUGAGACAAGAGUACGGUAUCUCCCGUAAACUCAUGCCUCAGUACUUUGGGCCUUGGGAAGUUCUAGACAUUGUUGGGACUGAUCCGGAUGGCCCAUCUUAUGUUGUUCGGAUCCCUGGUCAUCUCCGCACUUACCCUGUCUUUCACGCCUCCAAGCUUGCACCUUUCAAGGAAACAGAUCAGUUUCCAUCUCGUCGUUCAAUGCUGCCCCAAACCAUGGAUGGAGAGGUCAACAUCGACGAUAUUGUUGAUCACCGGGAACUGCCAGUUCCAAGAACAACAGGCAGGGGACGUCCUCCGAAACCGAAGCUGCAGUACCGUGUUCGGUUCCGACAUCAUACUGAUCCGAAGGAGGACCGCUGGUUUACCAGGGACGAACUCAUGCAGACCGCUCCGCAAGUUGUGGCUCACUGCGAGAAAUCUCUGCAGAAAGGAAAGCGCCCGAUGGUCGAAGACUGAGCUUCUCAGAGGACUGUUGAAGCUAAGGAGGAGGGAAUGCGAUGCCACUGCCUCUAUGAGCCCCAUUCGGCCCCCUUUUUGGGAACCUGUCCUUGCAGUUUCAUGAUUUCACCUCCACAUUUUUUGUGCAAGGCUGAGAGGAAAAGGCAGGGGGCGGGGUGGGAGAUUCACUAAUCAAAAUGAUCAAAUGUA